CGCGCCCCGAAGGGAGGAGCGAAGAGGAGGAGGAGCUACCUGCGCAGGCGUAGAGAGCACGUUUUCGUGCGGGAGUUGGAAGUCCUUGCCCUCCCCCUCCCCUCCGUCUUCUCUCCUGGGUGCCUAAUUAGAGGGGUGGUGGAGGGAAGGGCCAGAGGUGGAGCCUCGAGUCGGGAACCUGACUGAGACGCGGGCGGCCUCUGUUUCCCGGGUGGCGUCGGCGGCGCUCCCAAAAUGUCGCAGACGGCCAUGUCCGAGACCUACGAUUUCCUCUUUAAGUUUUUGGUCAUUGGAAAUGCUGGAACUGGCAAAUCCUGUUUGCUUCAUCAGUUUAUUGAGAAGAAAUUCAAAGAUGACUCAAAUCACACUAUAGGAGUGGAGUUUGGUUCAAAGAUAAUAAAUGUUGGAGGCAAAUAUGUAAAACUGCAGAUAUGGGAUACAGCUGGACAAGAACGGUUCAGAUCAGUAACACGAAGCUAUUACAGAGGUGCUGCAGGUGCUUUGCUUGUUUAUGAUAUCACUAGUCGAGAAACCUACAAUGCACUUACCAACUGGCUGACAGAUGCAAGGAUGUUAGCAAGUCAGAAUAUUGUAAUAAUAUUAUGUGGGAACAAAAAGGAUCUUGAUGGAGAUAGGGAAGUCACUUUUCUAGAAGCAUCCAGAUUUGCUCAGGAAAAUGAGCUGAUGUUUUUGGAGACAAGUGCAUUGACAGGGGAGAAUGUUGAAGAAGCCUUUGUACAAUGUGCAAGAAAGAUACUUAAUAAAAUUGAGUCAGGUGAACUGGAUCCUGAAAGGAUGGGCUCAGGAAUUCAAUAUGGAGAUGCUGCUUUGAGACAGCUAAGAUCUCCACGAAGAGCACAGGCUCAGAGUGUUCAAGAAUGCGGCUGUUAAAAGCAAGCAACAAAGAAACUUCUUGUUUUAUGAAACAUAAGCUCUCCUUUCAAGUAAUUCAUGGAAAAACUGCCGUUGCUGCAAGAAUCUUCAUUUUUAGAACUCCUUUUUGAUUCAACAAAAUGGAACAUAUGGCUUUUUUUAAAAAACAAAAAAAGUACAGUGGAAUGGCAGAGCAACACCGCAAAAAAAGAACAUUUGAUAAUAUAGUGGACAAUAUUGAGACAUAAUAUACCUGUACGUAAAUAUUUUCUGUUACAUAUUUGUGUUUCUUAUUGUUACUUAAAAACACUGGUGUAUCCACAUGUAUAUAAGACAUUGUCAUUAAAUUUCCAAAGCAUGA